AUGCCAAGGUCCAGUGUCAAACUCGGCUUCAACAGCUUGCAGAUCAUGAAGCUGAGCGGACCGCUCAGUGGAGUGUCCAACCUUCGUACAGUGUCAAGCGAUUCGGCGGUUGUCCUCAUCGCAUCGGAGCCAGUGUCAAUCUGGUCGUGGGCUGCAGCUGCACUUGGUGACAAACCUCAGGGCGGGCUCCAGCACUCGCUCCACGACCAGGUCACUUUCAUCGAUGGGCGGCUCCCGCAUUGCUUGUUGGACGUCGGCAGACAGAACAAGAUGGGCUUCCUCAUUGUCGCACGGACCGUUCCGGG